CCACCAGGCGUCGCCGCAGUGUCCGCGCGCGGGAGGGCGGAGCGGACGCAGACCCGGCGCAGCAUGUGGACGCUGGGGCGCCGCGCAGCUGCGGGUCUCCUGCCUCGGUCGGCGCUCCCAGGCCCGGCCCAGGCCUUCACCCCUGCCCCGCGGCCGGCGGAGUCCGCGCCGCCCUGCUGCCGCCGGGGCCUCCGCGCCGGAACCGCCGCGGCCCGCGCGCCCCGCCACGCCAGUUUGAACCUCCACUGCCUCAAUCAGAUUCUGAAUGUUAAAAAGCAGAGGGUCUAUCUGAUGAAUUUGAGGAAAUCAGGAACUUUGGGCAAGCCAGGUUAUCUAGAUGAGACCACCUACGAGAGACUAGCAGAGGAAACGCUGGACUCCUUAGCAGAGUUUUUUGAAGACCUUGCAGACAAGCCUUACACAUUUGAGGACUAUGAUGUCUCCUUUGGGAGUGGCGUCUUAACAAUUAAACUGGGUGGAGAUCUGGGAACCUAUGUGAUCAACAAGCAGACUCCAAACAAGCAGAUCUGGUUAUCUUCUCCAUCCAGUGGGCCCAAGCGCUACGACUGGACUGGGAAAAACUGGGUGUACUCUCACGACGGUGUGUCCCUCCACGAGCUGCUGGCGGCUGAGCUGACUAAAGCCUUAAAAACCAAAGUGGAUUUAUCUUCCUUGGCCUAUUCCGGAAAAGGCCCUUGACAGCCAGCCCAGUUUUGAAGCUGUUGGGCUAAAACCCCAGCCUCGUUCUGCAGUUCAGCGUCUGCGUCUUCCCGUUCCUGCUUCUGAGGACAGUUGAACUGUGCUCUGUGAAAAGAAUGUGUUGCCUGCCACCCCAAGUUCUGACUUCUAAUUUCUAUACAGGUUAUUAUUAUUUUUUUUUUUUUUGCAUUUAUUGUCUGAUUUCCUCCUUCACAUGCAAAAUGUACCGCUUAUCUUUUUUUAAUGUUUUCUACCUAUACCUUAAUAUAGUAACCUCACAAAAAGAAAAAAAAGAAGAAAAACAUGCAGGAGGAGAAAUGAAUUGUCUUCACUUUUGAUUCUUGGAAGGAUUUAUGCAAAAACUACAUGAAGAGGGCUGGCCCUUCUAUUUUAAAAUGACACUCAUUAAAGGGUAGCCUAUAGAUGUUCCCAGACCUCUUUCAAAAAGUAAGCAUUUUUUGAGCUUCUUAGCAUUAAAGUGUCAGAGGUAACUCAGGUGGGAAGAGCAUCUCCCAUUGUGGGUUUUUUUUUUUUGUUUUGUUUUUUUUGUUUUUGGCUGGGGCUGGGUUUGAACCCGCCACCUCUGGUAUAUGGGGCCUGUGCCCACUCCUUUGAGCCACAGGCAUCGCCCUCCCGUUGUGCUUUGUGCCUGCCAGGGUGUGGCCUACACUGGAUUAUUCAGGGAGACCUGCUGCUGUUUUUUCCACGUACUCAUUCCUGUGUGUGCACAGACAUUAUUUUUACUUUAAAGGUCAAUAUAUAGUCAGCUGCUGCAAUACAAGUUGGAGAACGAAAAAAAAAUCUCCCAAAGACAAGAGGGGGAGAUGAGAGGGAGCCAUUUCCAUGAGCUAAGUGAUACAGUGUCAUAAACAAGGUCAUAGAGCUGAGGAGUACCUUGUAAACAUGAAGGGUCAUAUAAAUGAAAGAGAGAUUCGAUAAAAAGAGCCCUGGUCCUAGACACAGCUCAGCCGCGUGUGUAUCUGUGGACCAGCUUCACAAACUUCCUGGCCCUCUGUUUUCCUGUCGGUUAGAUAAGAGGAUAGAGUAUAGUUGCAUCUCGACAUUCGCUGGUCUUAUCAGACAGCCUAACAGGCUAAUAUUAAUUCCUACUGGGUAGACGAAGGGAAGGCAAUGAACCACAUUGUAAAUAUACAUAUUGCUAUUGGUGUUGCCCAUUGGAAUUCCAGAUGAGUUCUUGCUGAAAUAAUAGUCAUCCUUUAUUGUGCACUUACUAGGUUAUUAGCUGUUUCACCAUAUUACCUCAUUUUCAUUUUUAUCGACCUGCACUUUUUAUUAUACAUGAAGCAACAAGGCUCCAGGACAUUAAAACUCACUCAGAAUUAUCUUGUGUUGUUUUCUUACCAAAGAUUCAUCACUGACAAGUCCGUGAAUGCAUAGCCAAGGCUUCUGCAAUGGGUGAACAAAACUCCAUGAUAGAUAGAUAAGAAGAAGUCUUAACAAUAGAGCACUAUAAACAGACACUAACUGGGUACUUAAAAUAUUUUUUUCUUCAGAAAUAAAACUUUUUAGACUGAUGGAAAUGGUCUAAGUGGAGUAGGUCAGUCCCACUGGGAAUGUGUGUGUAUUUAUGUGUUCAUGUCUUGUUUCUAAUGAAAGUUUCAUUGUGCCUCGCUUGCUUGGAGCUCAGUGACCUCUAUCUGGAACAGAACACAAAUUUAAGUAGGGAGUCAGGCUGCUGGAGCACAGAAACGGAAGUAAAGACAUCUGUGCUCGGCCAGGCAUGGUGACUCACAGCUGUGAUCCUAGUACUCUGGGAGGCUGAGGCCAGGAGUUCCAGACCAGCCUUGGCAAUAUACUAGACCCUGUCUCUACAAAAAAAAAAAAAAAAAUUACCUGGGCAUGGUGGCUUGCACCUAGAGACCUGGCUCCUCAGGAAGGUGAGACAGGAGGAUCUCUUGAGCCCAGAAGUUUGAGGUUACGGUAGGCUACGAUUGUGCAAAUGCACCCCAGCCUGGCUGAGAAAACCUGUCUACAAAAGGACAAAAUUAUAAUUUGACAAGCAAACUGGACGUUUAUCACAGUGGGGGCCAACAGCCCCCUCCAUCUCAGACCCUGGGUGCAUCACCUCUUUGAUGAUGUAAUCCAGUCACCUGUGUUAAGGAUGAGUUUUCAGGAAAAGGUUGUUAAAUAUUCAGUAUAACAUGUUAAAAGGAAAUGGCACAAUAAAAAUUUUGAAAGCUUUUUCUCUUAUAGGUAGAUCCUCAGCCAUAUAGAAAAUAAAACUUUUCAAAAUGACUUAAUUUACCUCUAUUUGGAGUUAUGGAGAAGCCCUGAGGUGUGUGUGUAAGGCAGAACCUGAGGUUUUAUUUUUUGAGACAGAGUCUCACUCUGUGCCCUGGGUAGAGUACCGUGGCGUCGUCACAGCUCACAGCAACCUCAGGCUCUUGGGCUCGAGAUCCUCUUGCCUCAGCCUCUCAAGUAGCUGAGACUACAGGCGCCCGCCACAAUUCCCUGUUAGUUUUUCUAUUUUUAGGAGAAUCAGGGUCUUGCUUUUGCCCAGGCUGAUCUCAGACUCCUGAGCUCAAGCAUUCUACCCACCUCAGCCUCCCAGAAUGCUAGGAUUACAGGCAUAAGCCACCAUGCCCGGCCUCAAAUGAUAGGUUACAACAUGCUUUCUCCAACUAUACCUGCCCCGAAUUCUGAUACAUCACUUUGCCACCUCUAAAGAAUGACCUAUGGGGCGAUGCCUGUGGCUCAGUGGGUAGGGUGCCAGCCCCAUAUACUGAGGGUGGAGGGUUCAAAUCCUGCCAGGGCCAAACUGCAACAACAACAAAAAAUAGCCGGGCAUUGUGGUGGGAGCCUGUAGUCCCAGCUACUCAGUAGGCUGAGACAAGAGAAUCGCCUAAGCCCAAGAGCUAGAGGUUGCUGUGAGUUGUGUGACACCACGGCACUCUACCAAGGGCAAUAAAGUGAGACUCUCUCUCUACAAAAAAAAAAAAAAAAGAAUGACCUAUGUUCACAAAGAUGGAGUUUGUAUGAACUGACUAUGCAAGGUUGCCAAGAAAAACUAGCUACACACUUCCAAGGUACACAUUAAGAUUAAGGUAAUUUUAGUCCAUGUCCAGUUAACUUCUUGGCGUGUAUUUAUCUUUUGCAAACUAAAAUAGUACAUACGAGAAAAGAGGGAAAGGGAGGGAAGGACAAAGUUUUGAAAUUUCACAUAAAUUUAUGCUGCUGCUCAAAACUACAGCUUCAUGACUGUCUUUUUAUGUAUAAAGAAAUGCUUUCAAAUCUUCAGCUUGAAUGAACCAUGACCCUUAGAGUGUGCAUCCUAAGGUUCCGAUUAGUGUCCCCUGUGGAAUGUGUAAGACUGAGCUCACUUAUAUCCCAGCAUCUGUUACAGAGGCAGGAUCCAAGCUCAUCUGUUCUGUCUUCUCUGGCUGUGUCAUUUAAGAAAUAGAGUGUACCAGAACAGAUUUAUUGAAAUGUUUAUUAGCUGAAGAUUGAUUUAGACUGUUGAAGAAAACACCUGCACCCAGCAGUUAAAAUUGGCUUCCAAAGAUUUUCUUCUACUGUGAGAAGAAAAGUGAGGCCUCUGAGGCCCCAUCCAAGUAUAAAUGCAACUAUAAAAAGGCCUCUAGUAUCCAUUUGUAUUUCUGUGAUCUGUGGGAC